AUGGCUGACCUCAUGACUUUAGAAACAACUCCAACGACAACAACAACCAAUAUUCCACAUAAACAUGACAUGGCUAAUUCUGACUUUGAUGUCAAUAUCUUAGAAGAUGCAUUUGAUAAACCAUCGAUUGAUUUAACUUUUCCAUUACCAACUGAUAAAGAAACUUAUUUAGAUAUUUCAACCAAUGAAAAACUAGUUGGUAGAUCAUUUAGUUUAUUACAUAAUGCUUUUAGGUUCUUAACUGGUUCUAAGAAAUAUGAUGCUAUUUAUAAAGAUAAUGAAUAUCGAUAUUUCCUUAAUCGACAUUCUCCUGGAUUUAAAACCAAAUUUAAACAACAUUUAAAUGAUAAAUUAGAAACCAAGGAUGAAAAAUUAAAUGAAUUAAUUUAUGAAUUAAUUAAUCAAGAAUUAAAUUUAAAAUUAAUUAAACCAUCAGAAUUUAAAUCAAGAUUUGAUGAAGUUAAAAAUUUUAUGAUUAAUCAUUAUAAAUUAGAAAAUAAAAAGAAUUUACCAACAUUUGAAUCUCAUGAUUUUAUAAGAACGGCUUAUUGUACAGUCAUAUUUAUCAUGAAGAAAUUAUUCCCUAAAGGGAUUUGGGUAUCAAAUCAAGAAUUAUCAAAUUUAUUUCAAAAAUAUCUUGAAAACCCCAUGUCUAUUGUAUUCUUCCCAUCACAUCAAUCUCAUUUAGAUUAUAUUAUUGUUCAUUUGAUUUGUGUUCGAUUUAGAAUUGCAAUUCCUUCUGUUAUAGCUGGUGAUAAUAUGAAUGUUGCUAUAGUGGGAGAAUUUCUUAAAAAUUUAGGUGCAAUUUUCAUUCCAAGAUCUUUUAAUAAUGAAUUAUAUACUGAACGAAAUUUACAUAAUGUUAUUGAAUUCUUAUUGGCUAAUAAAUCUAAUUUUGAAGUUUUUAUUGAAGGUGGUAGAUCAAGAGAUGGGAAAUUAUUAUUACCAAAAUAUGGAAUUUUGAAAUCUUUAGUACAUUCGUAUUUAAAUCAAAGAAUUAUAGAAAAAAAUCAUGCUUUUGAUUUAUUAUUUCAACCAAUGGCAGUGACUUAUGAACGUGUUUAUGAAAAUGAUUCAUAUUUAAAAGAAUUAACUGGAGAAGAUAAAAAACAAGAAAGUUUAUUUGGAAUUCUUUCAGUUGGUCUUAGUGUAUUUAGAAAUCAAGAUACGAAAUUAAUAUAUGAUCAAUCUGGUUAUAAUGAUAAUUCUGCACGUACAUUAACCGGGAAAAUCUUUGUGAAAUUAGGUGAUAAUUUUAAACUUUCAAAUUAUAUGCAAGAUGAAGAGAAUUUAAGUUUAAUUAAACAGGAAGCUGAUUUCCAACAAAUUAAUUUAAAAAAAUUGGGGUUUAAGAUCUUACAUGAAAUUAAUAGAUCAAGAUUCUUACCAGAAAUUUCAUUAAUUGGAACCGCAUUACAAGCAUAUUAUUAUCUUGAAAAGAAAGAACAAUUUGAUAUUAAAGAAUUAAUUCCAAUUAUUAGAUUGAUUACAAUCACUUUCCUUAAAGAAAAUCAAGAUUUAAAAAUGAAUAAACAAAUCUUGGAAGAUUUUCAACAAUUAUCCGAUGAAAAAUUAGUGACGGUUGCAAAACGAGAAAUUUCUUCUUUCUUUAGAUAUAUCAAAGUCAACAAGAAUUCCGAUUUAAUCAAGAUUGAAUCACCACUUGAAUUAUUAUAUUACAAAAAUUUAACCAUCCAUUCAAUCAUCAAAAGAUGUUUGGUUCUGUUUAUAUUAUUAUUAUUAGAUGAGAAUAAUUCUGAAUGUAGUCAUAGAUUGAUUGCAAAAUUAUUCUAUAUCUGUACUGGAUUCUUGAAAACUGAAUUCUUAUUUGAUCAUGAUGAAAAUCCAAGAAAUGGAUUAACUUUCAUUUUGAAUGAUAUGGUUAAUGAUGGUAUACUAACUAAAGACCAAAAAGAAUAUAAUCAUAUCACAUAUAAAAUCAUUGAUCGAUUCCAAUUUAAAUUAUUUGCAAAUUUGGCCCGUCCAUUUUUGGAAUCUUAUAAUGUCUUGAUUUCAAAUAUCUUAACAAUGACACAAUCUUUAGCUAUCAAUUAUUCAAAGAAUCUCGCUAAUGGUAAUGGAAAUGGUCGUGGAAAGAAGAAGAUUAUCCUUGAUGAUAAUGAUUUGAAAUAUCCAGAUACAAAAGGAUUACUUAAACAUAUAAUUGCAGAAUCGAGAAAAGCCGAAAUGUUUUCUGUUGAAUCAGUUAAUAAACAAUAUUUGCUUAGUAAUUUAUAUUAUCUUCAUAAUCUAAGAUUAAUUAAUAUCUUUAAAAACAAAGCAAAAACAAAAGCAUUUGUUCAAAUUAUUAACUUGAGAGAUUUGAAAAUAGUUAAUGAAUUCUUAUGUCAAUUAAUUAAGAAAUCUUCAGAUAAUGAUUUAAUUAUUAAUGAAGUUAAAGUUAAUUAUAUUAUUGAUAUAACUGAUAAGAAUUAUGAUCGAGAUUAUAAUGAAAUAAAACUGAAUCCAAAACUUUAG